UAAGUGCUGCUGACUCCAGGCUCAGUGAAGACGCCCUUAGCAACAACACACAGCUGCGUCGAAUAAGAUACUCGGACCACAGAGGAGAAGGAUUAAACACCGCCGCUUUGUUGCACUGAGUACAGGUGAAGCUUUUUCUGCGAAGGAGCUUUGUUUGCGCCGGAAACAUGGGACUUGAACAAAGCUAGCGAGUUAGCCUAUCUGGGCUAACCACCCCCGGAGAAGAGCGAAGCAGCCCCAAGCUGUCCCGAAGGAGGACACAAUCCUGGGGGUUCAACGAGUGCUAGCAUUGCUAACUACAAAGUCGGCUCUCAGGGACUAAGCACGGGAAUGGUGCUCUGGAUAAAUUCACUGCACCGACAGAGAAAGGCGAGGGACACACGGGUCAGACCACCAACCUGUAAUAUUUGGACUCAAACUAUUUUUAAAAGAGGGAGCGGCUCACGGUCGGGCGAGUGUUUUUGUGGCUGUGCAAGCUAGCUGGCUAGCUAGCUGAGGGAAACGACCCCCCACCGCCUGCUCAGGUUUUUCAAACAGCAGCCAAGGCUAAUGUUAGCCAGGGCGAGUGAGAGAGCUGCACGCUGAAUACACACAACUGUCUGGUUUUAUCAAAAAAGGAUAAAUCACUGUUAAGUAAAGAGAAGCGCUAGCUAACCACAAGGAGAAAAACUUUGGUUUUGGUUUCUGGUUUUACCGAAAUUCCAUCUUCAGAGUUGUCGGACUGAACUUGUUUUUAAUUUCGAAAAGUUUUAAAUGCUUUUAGAUAAGUUUGCUACGUGACUUUGUUUGUUUUCAAUUUUUGAGGAUUUUUUCACUUCGGAUGCUGGCAUCAAAUAUUAAUCGCAAUCAUGAUGAUAAUAAGCAGAAAACCAGAGGGCCCAAUAGCAACAGCACGCCAUGGAGACGGUCUGUAUGACUCUUACAUGAGGACGGACCACAUCCUGAAAGACGAAGCAGAUACAAACAGUCCGUCUGGGCUGCCCCCUAUGCCCAAACACACAGUUGUCAGUAACAAGGCAGUAAUGAGGGAUCAGGUAACUGUGCGAGGCAGCCAGCUGAAGGUCAAGUACCUAUAUGAAGACUCCACCAACAACCGAAAGAUCAAUGCCAUAACAACAGCAACAACUCAGAACAGCGGGACCACUGAUCAGACGCCCAGUAAACCCGCCCCCGUCUCCAGCCUGUCCAAGGAGCACAGUGUAGACAGCACUGAAUCCAGUAAAGGCUCCAGUGAAUCCUCAGGCCCACAUGGAGUCAGUAACGGAGGGAAUGGCGGGAAGCUGUGUGGCCCUCUCAGUCCUGACCAGGCACUCAGGUUGUAUCGUUCUCAGCUGACCACCCUGGAGCACACAGAAAUCCACUCCUAUCCUGACGUCUACUUUGUGGGACCCAAUGCCAAGAAGAGGCCUGCUGUCGUCGGGGGCAGCAAUAACUGCGGCUAUGAUGAUGAGCAGGGGGGAUACAUUCAUGUCCCUCAUGACCAUCUGGCGUAUCGCUACGAGUUCCUGAAGAUUAUUGGUAAAGGGAGCUUCGGACAGGUGGCCAAGGUAUAUGACCACAAGCUACAGCAGCAUCUGGCUCUAAAAAUGGUGCGUAAUGAGAAGCGAUUCCACCGACAGGCACAGGAGGAGAUCCGCAUCCUAGAGCAUCUGCGAAAGCAGGAUCGUAAUGGCACCAUGAAUGUCGUGCACAUGCUUGAAAACUUCACCUUCCGAAACCACAUCUGUAUGACUUUUGAGCUUCUGAGCAUGAACCUGUACGAGCUCAUCAAGCGCAACAAGUUCCAGGGCUUCAGCUUGCCACUGGUCAGAAAGUUUGCACACUCCAUCCUUCAGUGCCUGGAGGCCCUGAACCGGCACAGAAUUAUCCACUGUGACCUCAAGCCUGAGAACAUCCUGCUCAAACAGCAGGGACGCAGUGGCAUUAAGGUGAUUGACUUCGGCUCCAGUUGUUUUGAGCACCAGCGGGUCUACACCUACAUCCAGUCUCGUUUCUAUCGGGCCCCAGAGGUGAUCCUUGGUUCACGUUAUGGCCUUCCCAUUGACAUGUGGAGCUUCGGCUGCAUCCUGGCUGAGCUGCUGACUGGCUACCCUCUGUUCCCUGGUGAGGAUGAGGGUGAUCAGCUGGCCUGUGUCAUGGAGCUUCUUGGCAUGCCUCCUCAGAAGGUUCUGGAGCAGGCCAAGAGGGCAAAGAACUUCAUCAACUCCAAGGGCCAUCCGCGCUACUGCGGUGCCAACACACUGCCCACGGGGGCCACUGUGCUGACGGGGUCUCGCUCCCGUCGCGGCAAGAUGAGAGGUCCUCCAGGCAGCAAGGAGUGGAGCGCUGCGCUCAAGGGCUGCGAGGACCCCACCUUUACUGACUUCAUUAAGAAGUGUUUGGACUGGGACCCCUCGUCUCGUCUCACACCCAGCCAGGCCCUCAGACACCCAUGGCUGUACAGGCGCCUACCAAAGCCCCUACCUGGGACUGAUAAGAGCCAAGGGGCCACAGUGAAACGGCUCCCAGAGCACCACAGUACCUCUUUCCCCUCUAUCCUGGCCAAAGGGGGGCCGGGUCUAGGCACCACAGUGGCCAACAACAAACUGAGGAGCAACAUGAUGGGAAAUUCUGAGGAGGCCAUACCUCUGCGCACGGUCCUACCCAAACUUGUCUCUUAGAAAGAGGGAGAGAGAGACCUUUGAACUCCUCUCUUCUUCCACUUCCUCCUCCUCUGCACUCCUCAGGAGGAGUCAGCGCACAGGAGGAAGUGGAGCCUAGGUUUUAAAUCUUGUUUGGUUGUUCUUUUAUUUGUUUUCUACUGCGAGGUGUCGACACCCCCAGUUCCUGGUUUUUAAUAUUAGCUGAACAGAGAAAAAGAGAGAGACAAUAAAUGAAACAAUCUAAAAAAAGUUUUUAUACAGAGGAUUUCCUUGAGCGGCUGUGGAGUUUCUGUAUACAGCCAUUGAUACAUUUGGUUUAGAUAAUGCUUUUCAAAACUUUCUUGUGUGAGUGGACAGCUUGAUAAAUGAGCAAUGGUUUCUAACCUGCAUUUGUUCUCACGUGUUUUAAUAACACACACAAGCACACCUGCACUGUCACUUGCCUCACUUGACACUCUUUCUUAGGAUGCUAACCUUCUUUUGGAGGCGUUUUUAUGAGUGAAACUUGAAAAGGGCUACAGAGAUUACUUUUAUCAAGUCAGAUAAAGCUUGCAAAGAUUUUUCAGCCAACAUAAUUUAAUACAAGAAUCAUGCUUUAGUUUUUUGGCCCUGCACGCACUGACACACUUGUUCCUCAUAUAUACAGCAGAAAUACCCUAACACAGGGAUAGGCAUUAUGUAGUGAAUUAGGACACUUUUAAGCAAUAAGGUUCUACUUCUUUGUCUUUUUUAACUGCACCUGUUUUCUCUCUUUCCUAAACCCCUGGUGCUUGCAUGUCAGCUCAAUAUGUGACGUUCAUGUGUGUGCUUUAGCUUUCUGGUGCUGCUGUUGGAGACAUCUAGAGGCAGCAGAACAGCCUAUUUACAGCCUCCCAGUCCACCCAGCUCCACUGUUUGAGUGUAAAGGCCGGUGGUAGCACCACUUGAGCUGUCACUAAGGUGUCAACGUCACACUCAGUACUUUAGAGCCUGGACAUGUCAAUAUGGAGCAAGCAAUUGUGCACACACAUGGGUUUGAAAGGUUUUUUUUUUGGAAGUUUAACUUUGUUUGUCACCUGCUCAUGCCCCGUUUUGGCUGCUGUGAGUGUCCAAUAAUCCUAGAUGAAGAACGGGAAGAUUUAAGUGACAGGGAAAAAAAGGGCUCAUAAUGAGCCAUGUUGAGUCGACAGGAUGGGCCAGUGACAAAGGAGUUUUUUUUACGGUACUGAAGGAAGUGUUUCUCAGGGAGACAUACUUGAUACAUCCCUAAAUCUUCUAUUAACUGUGUUCCACUUACUUUCCUGACAGUGGAUGAACAUGCAUGCAGUUCUGUCCACGAACAGCGAGAGAAUGCAUGUACGAGUUCUCCUGCAAAGGGGGUCUGCAUGCUCCACAAUCUGACCUAGAUUCUCUCUCCUCCCCCACCAUCUCUUUCUCUCUCUCGUUCUUCUAACUCUCGUCUCAUGUAGGGCAGGGAACCUCUUAAUCUCACACAUAUAAAGUGAAUUAUGGUGCUGUCCAUAGCCUACAAACCCACACAGUCUCACAGUCAGGUGCACGUUGUAAGGACCACACCGCUCAAAGAGUUCUUUCUGUCGUCCCUCGAAGUGAAAGUGUCAGGGAUUUCUACUCUGUCUCCAUUUUUUAUAGAAGUGGUUUCUAAUGCUACACAGUCCAGAAUAUCAGAGGAUGUAAAAUGCAAAAAAGAGGAGAAAGAGAAAGUUGUGUACUGUCAAGUUGUACUAGUGGUGUGCGUUAUUAGGAGGGUGUUUGGUGUUCCAGCAUGAAAUCACAACCUGUUAUCAGACCGAGUGACUAUGAGAAGAGAAACUGUACAGUAACCAAAUGAAGUUGUGAUAGUUUCUUUUUCUAAAGAAAAUAAAAUGAUUAUCAACUGAAA